AUGUAUCAGACGCGGAACCCGCCCCUCGGGCACACCGCGGAGGCGCGCGCGCUGAAGAUGCGCGCGCUUCGAGUGGAAGCGGGAAGGAAAGCAAAGGCGGAUAUGGAAGCCGCGAGGGAGAGGUUACGAAAGAAAGAAGCGCUUCUGCGACGAAUGAAGGAAGAUCGCGCGCUCGAGGAAGAGAUGCUGAGGCGUCUGGUCGCGAGCGGCGGGAACGCGCUCGAGAAAGUCGCCGCCGCGGUCGCGAAGGAGGAGGACGAGCGCGAAGCGCUGUCGAUGCUGCCUCGUUUCCGCGCGUGCGACGUGUGCUACGACAUGAGGAAGGACGCGGCGCUCAGAAAAUAUCCGGAUGCGGCGCUGAAGCUGUGUAGCAAGUGCCACGCGAGGGCGGCGAAGAUCGCCGCCGCGGAGGUGAGGAGAGCGCGCGCGCCGCCGAGCGGCAAGGGCGAGAGGCGCAGCGGAAACGGCAAGCUCCCGUUCGAGCCGGCGUCGCAUCUCGCGCGAGGGAGGGACGAGUUAGAGAACGCGCUGAGGGACGCGGACGCGUCCGUCGCGCUCGCGGAGGACGCGAAGACGCGCGCCGCGGCGUUGCACAAAGCGUCGCAGCUGCGGCAAGCGAUGACGCACAAGUGA